AGGCAUUGCUAGUGAUGAAAAACAAACCAGCUAUACAUCUCCCUCUCUUUUCUCUUAUUAAUGCGCAAAGUAUGGGAAAGCUUAGGGAUCACCGUUGUCACAAGAGCAAAAAUCCCACCAAAGCUAAGAAAAAUCCCAUCAAGAUCAAAUAUAUUUCUAGUCCGAUGAUGGUUAAAGCUAGCAAUGCUGAUGAGUUUCGCGCAAUCGUUCAAGAACUUACAGGCCGAAAUUCUGAUGUUGGAGAGCCUAGCAAUGUUCCGACGACACUCCCUGAGGAAGCAAAUCAAGUUCAUUCUCCUUUUCAUGUUGAUUCACCACCUGCGAAGGUUGAUGAUAAAAGUUUGUUGGAUACAUUCCAAGAUGAUAUGUCCUCGCUAGAGUUCGAUGAAGGGUUUCUUUGGAGAGCUGUCCCUGAGAACUUGUUUGGGUUUCAAUCUCCUUUCAUUUUUGUAUGACUAUAAGUUACACCAGUAUUAGCUAGAAUUUCUUGCUUAAUUUUAUUUCCUUUUUUUUUAUGUUCACGGAUGAAUGCAGGAAGCUAGCUAGAGUUAAAAUGGUUCAUGAAUGUAGAUGUAGAUUAAUGUCGAGUUGCCUGGAAAUAUGAAAUUCUAGCUAAAGGGGAUGAAAAACCAAGCCAAAUUAUUGUUAUGAUGCUGAA